AACCAAACAUUUUCUGAUCUACCAUUAAGUAAUAAAAAUAUUACAAAAGAAAGAAACGCUUAUCCAAGUGAGAGCAAAUGUAUAGAAUGCAACUGUAUAGAAAUCUUGGAAAGAUUGAAGAAUUUCGAAGAUAAUACUGUAAAAUGUCUGAAGAAGGUGAUAAAAUCAAAUAAAGAAUUAGUUAAAAUGGUUAAGCGAUUGAAAGAUAAUAAAGUGGAAGUUGCACGUACAUUUUAUCAAGCGUUGGAGGGCUUUCCAUUACAGACAAUUGAACAAUUUCAUGAGUUCGAAAAUGAUAAUUCAAAGAAUAACCAAUAUGACAAAUUAUACCAUCAUUUACGCGGUAUGGGUGCUGCUAAAUUACGCGAUUUUGUACACAUGUGCUUCAAAGAGUCAAUGAAAGACGAGCUUGUGUGCAAAUUUACAUGGCCUGGUGGUUCCUGGACCGAAAAAUUUGGUGAUACCAAACUCAAAAUAAUGUACGAUGCAGCACAGAGCUACCCCCUUUUUGAGGGACCAUUAAACAAAACUGUAUUUAAAGCAGAGGUCCAAGAAGUUUUAAGGGCAGUAAAACAGCGCGUAAAAAGUCGAAAAAAUAAAAAUAAAAAUGAAGCCAGCAAUGGAAAAAAAAACAGCGAAGAAGACAAUGAUGGAUGUGAAACACCAAACAAUCAAAAUUAAAAAUUAAAUUAUAUAAAUCUUUACAACUCACAGUUUCUUUGUAACAGUUGAUAUUCGAAAUCUACUUAUAAUCGUUUGUUAUAAUUUACAUUUAAUAUUAAGGUACAUAUUAACACGUUAAAAAAUGUGUGCAUUUAAAAGAAUACAUGUGAUUUAGUGCAUAAUCUACAGCUAAAGGGAAUCUUUUAGAAGUUGUAAAUAUUUUAAUUAUUGUGUCAUUUAUAAAAUUGACAUGAGCAAGUUGACCAUAAUGACAUAUGACUCGACUCGUUGUUACAGCAAUAGAAAAAUACUGUUUGCAAACGAAACAGUGCACGUUCAAACGGAUAAUAAAAAAAUUAAGUCUAUCAAUGAUACAUAUAAGAAAAAUACGAGUUUAUGGUUAAUUAUAUUCGUGCGACAAAGCAGAAUAUUAUAUACGCAUGCAAAUAUGCAAGCAAGUAUCUCUGCAACACGCAAAAUUUUGCAGAAAUAGUAAAUUUUAUCUAUUUCAUCAAUCUCGUAUCGAUUUUGUAUAAAUUGCGCCAUAGAUACCUUUAAUUGAGUCGAGUUGCGAAUGUUGCGUUUGAUAUCAUUUCCAAAAUUUAUUGAGUUUGUCAAGUGAGUCUGUUUCUGUUUCUGAGUUGGUUUCUUGUCAAGUGAGUCUGUUUCUGUUUUAAUACAAAAUUCUGUACGACAACGAACUGGAGAAUCUAAUUUGUGUUAUAUGAAAUCCUAAAUAUUUAUGUAUAAGGAUUAUGGAUAAGCGAACGUUGUUAUUGCAUACACAAAAAAAUGUACGAAAUCUGAACAUAUGCAUAUACAUAUGUAAAUGAUAAUAAAAA